CUGUUCCAGGUUGAACCCCCCCAAAGGACGAGGGGGCACUCCCUCCGUCUGGAGAAGAAAAACUUUAGUCUCAAGGGGCGACACGCCUUCUUUACCAUGAGAACUGUGAACUUAUGGAACAGUCUACCUCAGGAACUGGUCACAGCAGGAAAAAUUAACAGCUUUAAAACAGGAUUAGAUACAUUCCUGGAACAAAAUAACAUUAAUGCUUAUGAAGAAAUAUAAAAUCCCAUCCCUUCUCCAAUAUCGCGCCACACCCCUACCCCUUAAUUCCCUGGUUGAACUUGAUGGACAUAUGUCUUUUUUCGAAUGUACUAACUAUGUUACUAUGUUACUAUGAUGCCGCUGUUGGGGGUGAUUUGACUGGUGUUGCUGCAUUCCGCACGGAAGGGGUUCUUCGGGUCCAGCCUCCUGUCGUCGAUGUGAGCCGAGUCCGUGAUGUCCGGAGCCGUCCCGCAGCUGGAGUUACGGCCGCUGGUCCAGAGCCGGUGAGGUCGGGGCGUGACUGGACUCGCUAGAGAGAGGAAGCAUGGUGUGAGAGCUCCCGCCGGACUGGACUGAAAACGGGCUAAUCUGAAGGUUAUGGGUGGUAGAUCUCGUGCCAAACGGAAGAAGAAGCAACCUGCACCCACUGUGCCUCCUCUGAGCGGUAUCGCCCGCUAUUUCGCAUCUCAGCCAUCCGAUCGGACCGACCAACCUGUGGUGCGGCCUUCAGACGCCAUUCCCCAACAACAGCAGUUCGAGGCGGGGAGAAGGAGUGAGCAGGCGCUCCACGCGGCGUCUGCAGCAAGUGACCCCGCUGACAGUGCAGCUCACACGGCCUGCAGACAGAGAGAGACCGGCGACAAUACACAGGACUCUGCUCCGGGCUUUGACAACGCGCCGUGCGCGAUACUGGAAGUAAGUGCCGCCGCCUCCCUCCAGCACCAGUGCUCGGCUACCUCACGGCCUCCACUGCUGCCAUCUCCUGCUGCGCCACAGCGUCCGGCACAGACCUGUGCCGUCCAGCACCCGGUCACCUACUGGUGCGGAACUGCACUUAACUUAGAGACUCCUUCCCCACUUACCUCCACAUCCCUACCUGAGUGCUUAUCUGCCUCUGUCAGACCACCAAUGCCCGGGCAUCAACCCGCUAAGAAGCUAGGCCCUGCCAUACAGCCUAUAUCCACCAACCUCUAUGUGACACAGAUAGGGAUGGGAUCCUCACAGUCUACUGAUGACAACCCAGUAGGGCAGUCUGCAAUACCUGCCUCCCCGGCUCCUGACCACAGCUUGAUGCCACAACCUGAACAUCAGGUACUUCCUGCACCUGAAUUUCACCAGGGCUUGCAGCCUGAGUCCCCAACUCCCAAUAAUACAUCACCCGACACAAUAGCCUCCUCCAUGGCUGCCGGUCCUGCCGCAAUGAAUCCACAGUCUGCUGGCCCCUCGCCAUCCUUGCCGUCUCCUGCCACUGGCCAACACGUUUCACGUGAGAUCCAGUAUACGAAUCCUGCAUCUAUGACACCUUUAUUACCUACCUGCCAGGACUCGGGGAAUGCCCAGCAGUCACAAGAUGGCGAUUGGAGGCUGGUUGAGAAACAACAUAAAUCGCAAGGGACUUUACGUACACCACCUGUACGCGGAGCGGCUGCGUCACCCCAGCUACCUGUGCUCCCAGAAAAGGUUCCUGGCCCUCCGGCAUGCGACAUAACUGACUGGGCCAAUGAAAUGUACUCUGAUGGCUCCAACUCUGAUAGAGACUCUCAAGACUCAUCUGUGGAUAGUGACGCCCCUGAGUACUGGGGUAAAAGUCCCCCUGCAAAGAAAAAAUUAUUCAAGACCCCGAUGAAAGUGAGACAUAAUAAACGCCGCUCCCGUGACCAUUCAUCCUCUGAGGACUCUCAUACUCCAACGGAGGAUGCCCCUCAUAGGUCUGCACCCUCUAGACAGCAGAUGCCAGCCAUAACUGCCACGCUUCAGUCACAUGUGCCGCCUCCUACCUUUCCACUUACUCCUGAGAUGGCGCUCUCGACAUUGCAGGGACACCCUGAAUUGCAAGCACUCUUGACCCUGAUCCCCACUAAAGCUGACUUGGCAACGCUGGCGACCGAUCUCAAACUUGCUUGGAACCGUGACCUGGAACCCGUUAAGGCUGAGGUGUCUAACUUACAUAAGAAGGUCCAGAGACUGGAGGAUUUUUGCUCUACUACUACAACCCACCUCCAGAAACUACAGGAAGCCACAGAGAAAUUGACAUUACAGCAAAUCCACACAAUUGAUCACUUGGACGAUCUUGAUAAUAGGAAUCGGCGCAAUAAUCUUAGGAUCAAGGGCCUUCCGGAAACAGUUCUACCUCAGAACUUGCCAGAUACAUUGCAACGUCUCUUUAAUGAACUACUAAAGAAACCGCCGUAUUCGAACAUAGAACUGGAUAGUGCUCACAGGGCUCUCAGAGCGAAACAUCCUGAUCCGAAAAAGCCUCGUGAUGUUGUCUGCAGAGUGCAUCAUUUUCUCCAGAAAGAGGCAAUCCAACCGUUGCUGACUCUGUUACAAAAUUCUAAAAUUGUUUACAGAUGGGGCUUCCCCUUCUCUCUGAUUGCAAAGUAUGGACCCAAUAUCUCUACGCUCAAGAGACCGGAAGAUUUGCCUGCGUUCCUUGAAGCCUUGUCAGUCUGCCUGAGUGGGAAGCCUUGUUCUUAUCUCCCCUUCCUACUGCACCGCAAAACCGUCCUGAUCGAUCUCCGAGAGACCGUCCAUCCGAGGUCACCACAAGUGUCCCGCUGCAGCAAAGAUCGAAACGUAAAACCUGAGCUGCCUAUCUGA